UUAUUUUGACAGGAGAUUGUUUAUAUAUCUCUCAAAAAGUAAUUCCAGCAAUGUCCCUCACAUUGAAUAAACUGGAGGAUCUCCACACGCAACUCCUGCAGGAUCUGGAAAUGUACGAGCGUCAGCUGCAACGGAUGAAUGCAGAGAUUUCGGAAUAUCAUCAGCUAAAAAGUACAAUUGUCGUGAUUGAGAGAGAUCUCCGGGAGGGCUUCAAGACUCAAGUUAACGUCGGUGCGAAUGUCUUCAUGAAAGCCAAAGUCCCGACAACGGAUAAAAUUCUCAUCAACGUCGGAAUGAAUCACUACGUGGAGUUUUCACUCGAGGAAGCGCUCAAGUUUGUGGAUUUCCGGAUACGUGUACUCACAAAGCAAAACGAUGUCAUCCGGGAGGCAAUAAUUAAGACUAAAGCAAAGAUUAAACUUGCACUUCUCUGUGUUCAGCAAUAAAGAUUAUUUUUGAGGUUUAACAUAGGA